AUGUUUGUGGCGGUUGUAGCGUUCGCUGCGCUCUAUAUCUUCCCUGUUUGCCUGUCUGUUUCGCCAUCGCGGUUACACAUCGGCGUUUUGGGCGCUACGGAGGUUGGUAAUAGGCGUAGAGCCGCUCAUAAUCAUGCACAUCGCAAUAUAAAAUCGCAAUUCGCGCCGUUGUCAUCCUUGCAGAGGUGCGAUGGCGCGACUGUUACGGGUGUGCGCGAUCACUGCGCAUUCCUGGCGAAUUCGGGCGCCUUCUGCGGUAAAACUAUAAUUAGAAGAGCUAUUGAUGCCUAUGGCGACGAAGGAUGUUUAGUGGAAGAUCCCCGUGAUGUUGGAGUCGAUGCACCGUCUACGGAAUCCAUCGCAUCGACACGCGAACGGAUAAAAUCGUUAAGCGAGCAGCUUACUGGAGCGAGCGAUCAUCGCGAAAGGGUGCAGAUACUGGCAACUCAUGGCGCUAGCCUGUUCAAAGGAGCGCCGGAACCAUCAGUAUUGCGGGAGCCGCCACUGAGCUUGUCUGAGAGCAAGCGGUUUCGUAUGCCUGAUUCUGGGCAGGUGUCUAGCACCUCCCGCAACUAUAUCCUGUUCCCGCCUCCAUGUGAGGUAGAUUACAACCUGGUACCUGGCUGUGUGUCGUCUAUUUAUGUCGCUGUCUAUGUGGACAACCACGGUGUGGUGCAUGUGGACGGGACGUCUGACUCGCUCAUAACCAAGGCAACCUUGGCGCUCAUCCUCGAUUCCGUGGAGCUUAGGCACUCUACUGAAGUGCUUGGCAUGCAGGCGCGCGAUGUCGGUCAUGAGUCAACGCUCGCCGGCCUGGGUUUCAUGAAACGCGACGGAGUGGGCACAAUCUUGAACCACAUAAAGUCCGAGGUGCGGUCGCAGUCUGAUCGACUGAAGAUCGUGAAUAAACCGCAAAGGCGCAUCAGUAAAAGGAGUGCUAAAAGGGUGGCGGCGUUGUUGAGCGGCGGGGUGGACUCGUCCGUGGCGUUGUGGCUGUUGAAGUCCCGCGGCUACGACGUGGAAGCGUUCUACCUGAAGGUCUGGGGCGUAGAGAAGGCCGAGGAUACGGGAAACUGCGAAUGGGCUACUGACGUCGACCACGCCAUGAACGUGUGCUCUACGCUGGAUGUACCGCUACAUAUACUACCGUUCCAGGACCUCUAUCACGAGCAGGUACUACGCCCAUACGUUGAGGGCACCCGACUGGGCGAGACCCCGAAUCCCGACAUUUGCUGCAACGAGUUCAUAAAGUUCGGGGCGUUUGCAGACUAUGCUACGCGAUGGGGCUUUAGUCACGUCGCCUCAGGCCACUACGCGUCCGUGGUUGAAGACGUGUCUAAAAUCGACCAUCCGAGCUGCGGUCCUGACGCCACACCCAAAUCAUGCGGCGAACGCAUCACUCGACUGCAGCUAUGCAAGGAUCUCAAGAAGGACCAGACGUACUUUCUCAGCCGCUUGACCCAACGUCAGUUGCAGCAGGUCAUCUUCCCUCUCUGUCGGCUGCUUAAGGUCGAGGUGAGAGCGAUCGCCCGCACGCUAGGAUUCACGAACCACGCCCGCAAAGACUCAGUGGGCCUCUGCUUUUUAGGCAAGGUGGACGUCCACUCGUUCCUGGCCGAGCGCCUGGGUCAGAUGCCAGGGCCCAUAGUGGACUGCGAUAGCGGUGAAUGCAUCGGAGAACACCCGGGCUUGUACCACUUCACGGUGGGUCAGCGGGAGGGCAUUGCAGAGUACCUAAGUUCGGUGCGCGAGACCCACCGCGCCCGGUACGUGGUCCGUAAGGACGUGGCGACGAAUACGUUGUACGUAACCUCGAGCUAUCACUGCGGAAGGUACGUGACAGAAGGCGGCGUGCGGCGCCGUUUCGAGAUAAGCGAUUUGACGUGGACGGUGCCAGACUAUUCGAGGCACAUUACAUGCGAAGGCGUAGGUGCACCCAUAUUGGCCCUGAAGCUGCGCCACUCUCCGUCGUUUUCACGGGGCGUUAUCGAGUUCGACGAUCCCAAGAAUCCUACCCGCGCGUCGGUCAACCUUUACCGCGCAGACGUUGGAGUAGCGAGCGGCCAGUACGCCGCAUUUUAUGCAGGCGACGAGUGCAUCGGUGCGGGAAAGAUGGUGGCUAGUGUGAUCUAA